AAGUAAUUUAUGCAUUGACCGGAAAUAAAAAUUCCAAAAUAGAAGUCCAGACACAGAAAGUAAGAAACAGCGCCACUUGUGAACCGUCUCCACGCAUUGGUCAUUUCCGGUACUGCAGCUUCACGGACUGCGCAUGCGCAAUGAGAUGAAUGGCCGCGGCACCCGACUCACCGGGAACACUGAUCCUCGUUAAUCCCGCUCCGGUACCAGGAGGCACCGAAAGUAUCAUGCUUAGCGGGCCGGAGCGCUCAGUCUGACCAUCGGGACCGUCUCCACUCCGGGCUCGGUCUCCGGGGGCUGUCCGUGUCCUCCCCCCGCCUGUCGGGCUGCAUACCCCGCUGCUGCUGAGCUGAAGCUCCGUGAGGCUCCGGGAGGCUCCGGGCGCGUCCACCGUGACUGCAAUGGGAUGCUGCGGUAGUGCGGAGCGGACAAAGAGAGAGUGGAAACCGCUGGAGGACCGGAGCUGCACCGACCUGCCCUGGUUCCUCCUCUUCACCGUCUUCUGCGUCGGCAUGGGCAGCAUCUGCGGCUUCACCGUCGUCACUGGCGGCGCCGCUCGUCUUGUCUUUGGAUACGACAGCUACGGCAACACCUGCGGUCGCCGCAACGAGCAGAUUGAAGGCAUACAGCUUAGCGGCCUCGACCACACCGACAGGAAGUUUGUCUUCUUCCUGGAUCCCUGCAACGUGGACAUUGUUCAGAGGAAAAUCAAGUCCAUGGCCGUGUGUGUGUCUCUGUGUCCGAGCGAUGAGCUGAAGACGUACCAGGACCUGAAGAGGUUCGCUAUGCUCAACGGUUCUGAGUUGUGUUCCUACGAGUUAGCUGCUCAUAAAUAUCCUGGUCUACCUGAGAGGUUCUCUAAAUGUCCCAAACUUCCUGUUCCACCCAGUAAGCCUUUGCCAGUGUUUAACCGCUGCACUCCGGUGGAUAUUUCCUGUUAUACGAAGUUUGCAGAGGCCGUGGUGACGUUUGUGGGCGAUAACAGUUUUCUGCACCGACUGAUCGCUGGCGUUGCUGCUAGUAAAGAGAUCAUCGUGGGACUGUGCGUGCUAGCACUGGUCCUCUCCAUGAUCCUCAUGGUGAUCAUCAGGUACAUCUCCGCUGUCCUCGUCUGGAUCCUCACCUCUCUGGUUGUCCUUGGAUCACUCGCGGGAACCAGCGUCCUCUGGUGGCUCUACAUCGACCACCGGCUGUACGGAAACGACACCUCCACUAAAGUGGUGAAGGAGGCGAAAGAAGAGGUGGAUAUCACCAGAGACAGCGGACAGGCUCUGCUUGUCUAUGCUGUUGCUGCCACCAUCUUCACCAUCAUCCUGCUGCUGCUGAUGCUCUUCAUGAGGAAACGAGUGGCGCUGACUAUCGCUCUGUUCCACGUGGCAGGAAAAGUCUUCAUCCACCUCCCCCUCCUCACCCUGCAGCCCUUCGUCACCUUCCUCACUCUCCUGCUCUUCUGGAUCUACUGGAUCCUGGUCCUGCUUUUCCUGGGAACCACUGGAAACCCGGUCCAGAAUGAGGAGACAGGUUUGACAGAGUUCAGACUGACAGGUCAUCUUCAGUACCUCACCUGGUACCACGCCGUGGGUCUGGUCUGGAUCAGUGAGUUCAUCCUGGCCUGUCAGCAGAUGACUGUGGCUGGAGCUGUGGUCACGUACUACUUCACCAGGGACAAGAACCGUCUCCCAGUGACUCCGAUCCUGUCGUCAGUCCUGAGGCUGGUCAGGUACCACUUGGGCACCGUCGCUAAAGGAUCCUUCAUCAUCACGCUGGUCAAGAUCCCUCGACUCAUCCUCAUGUACAUCCACAACCAGCUGAAAGGAAAGGAGAACGCCUGCGCUCGCUGUCUGCUGAAGACGUGUAUCUGCUGUCUGUGGUGUUUGGAGAAGUGCCUCAACUAUCUCAAUCAGAAUGCAUAUGCAGCCACAGCCAUCAACAGCACCAGUUUCUGCACAUCUGCACGCGACGCCUUCGUGAUCCUGGUGGAAAACGCUCUGCGUGUCGCCACAAUCAACGCAGUAGGAGACUUUGUGCUCUUCCUGGGGAAGGUCCUGAUUGUGACAUCGACAGCAUUCGCCGGCGUCCUCCUCCUCAACUACCAGAGGGAUUACGCCGAGUGGCUUUUGCCACUCAUCAUCGUGUGUCUCUUCUCCUUCCUGGUGGCGCACUGCUUCCUGUCCAUCUUUGAGAUCGUGGUAGACGUCCUAUUCCUCUGCUUCGCCAUCGACACUAAGUACAACGAUGGAACUCCGGGAAAAGAGUUCUUCAUGGACAAAGCUCUGAUGGAGUUCGUAGAGAGCAGCCGGAGGUUGGAGCGGGCGGUGGAGCGUGGGCGGAGCCGUGUGAAGGAAGCGGUGUCUGAGGGGGCAGAGAUGAAGCCCAUGGUGAGUGACAGGCUGGAGGGGGUUGGGGGGGGAUGGGAGGACCUUCAGGAGUUCCAGGUGUACUACCUGCUGGUGGGGAUGCUGGUGGACUGGGUGCUGACAGAGCAGAGGGGCAUCAUCCUCUGUCUAAGCGAGGACGUCGUCCUCUUCCUCUGCAUUUACCUGCCCACCUCCACCCUCUUCCUGUUCGUCAGCCUGCUGCACACACCAAACCCAGCCCCUCUGCCAACAAUGCCAAAUCAGCCGCCGUCACCGCCGCCUGCUAAAAGAUGUGUGCUAACAGAUGCAUGCUAACAGAUGAAUGGAUGAACACUGAUGCAUGCUAACCCUCCAUAUCAUCUUCAUCACUGACUGAGUUUUUUAUUUUUAUAUACUUUACUUUUUCAUAUUUUAUUUUGUAAUUCCACUUCCUGUGUCUUUGAGCGUAUAUUCUGACCAUCGUGCUUUAAGGAGAGGAAGGACGCAGCAGAUGAAAAGCUUUGGGCCGGAUCUUGGAUCCAGAUUCUGGUCUUAAAACACUGAGUCACUGUCAUCAUCUGGAGGUCCAGCGGAGGGCGCUCUGUCUGCAGCUGAUCAGUAUCGAUCAAGAUUCUGCUGCGUCUCAGCUUCUCCUCAUGUUUAAAACACAUCCAGGCUGAGGUCAUGGGGUCACGGGGUCACAAACUCUCUGUGUGACAUCAUCAGAUGUGAUGAUGUCACACAUCUGCCACAUUUGAAAAAUGUGAUGCUGGACUCAUGACCUCCUGCUUCAGUCCCGCUGGUUUGGAACACCUUACUACCCAUAAUGCUCUGCUCUCACCCCUGUUGCCAUGACGACCAGCUGUGAUGAACUGUGGCCUGGUGUUUUGUGUUUCAGGCUCCGGGGACGAGUUCAGCUUGACCAAAAUCAGAGGGACUUAAAACGAGAGACAUUCCAGAUGUUUAUUUUUCCAGGUGUAACAUGUUUACUAUGGUUUCACUCCAGGGAAAACAAUAUUUUAAUAAGAAACGUAACGAUGACGCACUUUAUACUGAAGCGCUGCAGAUUUUAAACCUGCUGAUGCAUUUUUUCGUAGUGAUGUCGUUUUUUAUAAACUCACCCUGAACUCAUU